AUAAAUUCAAAGUUCAACAUCCUAUGAUGAUGAUGUCUGAAGCUGGACAGUUGAAUUUACUCGUCCAUCCAGUUGUGAAGGGCCUGCGUCAGCAUAAAUGGAGCAGAUUCGCGAGGACUUUUUACUACGUCUUCUUUGUCAUUUAUGCGGUUUACUUAGCGUUCUUGACGGCAUACGUUGUUAUGACACCACCCCCAUUCGCAAUAAACCAAACAACCUGUGGCGACUAUUAUGAGACUGGAUACAGAAGGCCAGUUUCAUUACACGUGGUCAAAACGUUUCUGUACGUUCUCACAAGUCUCAACGUCUUCAAAGAGCUUAUACAACUAAUUAUGCGACGUUUGCACUAUUUCAAUUUCGUCAACAUCAUGGAAAUCAUUAUCUUCGUAACCAGUUUCUUAUUUGUGAUCGAUUUUAACGGAUGCCAAUUCUUCACCAACUACAGAUACACGCCAUUUUCAACGGCGCCAAACGCUAUUCUUCGCACAUCCGUAAUGAUGAUCGGCGAACUGGAUUUUAACGGUGUCUUUCAUGACGACGUGGUCCAUUACUGGAUCACAUAUGCAUUUUUCUGUAUAUUCCUGAUUGUGAUGACCAUUGUUUUAAUGAACUUGAUGAUUGGUCUUGCAAUUGAUGACAUCAAAGCUGUACAAGACCAUGCAAAACUCAAAGGGAUACAAAUGAAGGUGAAACUUGUUCUUGACGUCGAAAGGCUUUUACUGAGUGUUUCAAAGAUGCGUUAUUGUGGUAAAUUUAUCUGGCCACCAGGAUGGUACAUUGAUGUUUACGUAGACUCGUUUGAUAGCUUAGAAGAAAUGAAAAACGCUCUUUCCAAAAAUGCAGAAAAGUAUGAGAAUCAAGUUGAAAUAAACCAGAACAAGAUGAUACAUAAACAGAAAACGCUCAAGAAAGCAAUGAAGACAAUGAAAAUAGAAAUGGACAAACAGGGAGUAAUACUGGAGGAAAUUAAGCGAAAACUAUUCGAAGAAACCAGCACUGAAUAAAGAUGGGGUAGUGUUUGCUCCUUCAGAUUAUCAGCGCAAUGGGACGUACAGAGACUGUUGAUGAACAACGUACAUGCCUUACUGACACUUACAGACAAGUGAUUCUACAUCCUAAGAUAGAAAAAAAAAUACAUUAAAAUAUAUUUGUAUCGUUGUUCGAGUAACCUCCUAGGGUUAGAAAUACAAAAUAAAGCAUCGCCAUAACUUGCUCUUAAAGGCGUUGACAUUGUCUAUUUACCUAGCUUUAUUUUGUCUCGGCCUCGACUAAAAGGAAGACGUACUGUAUUGUUUUUUCAUUGUUGUUUUUAACCAUAUUUUCCGAAAAAGAACUCAAGAACUACUUGACGAUUUAUUGUAUCGUUUUAUCAUUUCCCUGUUGUUUUUUAUUUGCAUAUUAUUUACCAAUCAAAACAAAUUGCGGCGGAUGUUGCAGAUUAUUUUGAAUUGUAUUUUUCUUUAGUCUGUGCUUUUUCAGCCAUUUAGAUUCAUGAGAAAUGUUUUUGUUUUUGAUUGUGUGUGGGUUUUUUUUUUAAUUUUUAUUGGUGGUAGUAAUAGAAUUAUUCACUUAUU